AUGAUGUUGAAUCCGAGAAUAAUAAGGAAUGAAGUUCACUUUUGUGGAAGAAGUCAAUUCACCUUAUCAAUUUUUGGUCAUCUCGACCGUCCUUCUGGAAAGAUGAGCGUGCAUUGGCUAUCAGAAAAAGAAAUGCAAUCUGCUCAUGUUCAUGUGUUGAUUAAUUGCAUUGAAGUCAAACCAUAUCUUAAGGCAUUUAAUACCUAUUAUUUUCAAAGCACGGGUGAACAAUCAUCGUCUGAUUACACACAUGCCUAUUUUCCUGCACUGUUCAGGCAACAAUUAUCAUGCGUUGUUGCACCAAGCCCGGAAAUAAUCCAUUUGAGAAGUUUAUCUGAAGGCCCUUAUCAACGUGCAAAUUAA